GGAAAAGGUGCUUGCAAUAAAGGGUGCUUUUAUUACAAUGGAAAAUAAAACAGAGGUAGAUUUCUUUGAUAAUGAAAACUGGUAUUUAACAAAGUAUUUAUUGUCGAUAUUUGGGGGAUGGCCUUUUCAACAAGCCAGUAUUACUAGAACAAUACGAAGAAGUAUAUUAAUAUUUCUCUGGACAAGUACAUUUCUGCCUUUGUUAUUUAAACUUUUUAAUAAUUUUGGAAAUAUAGAGUUGGUAUUAAUAUGUCUAUCUCAACUAUUUUUACACAUAAUGACGUUAACUUACACAGUUUAUAGUAUUUUAAAUUCUGAUAAGGAAAAAAUAUUGCUUAAUAAAAUUAAAAAACAAUUUGAAUUUAAAUUGUCAAAUAAUGAUAGAAAAUUUUUUGAAUAUUAUACAUAUUAUAAUCGUAAAAUUAUAUAUGGUUAUACAAUUAGUUUUUACAUAGUGGUGUUGGCAGGUUUGACAUUGGUAACUGUACCAGUAUUAUUAAAUAAUUUAUUUUCUUCAAAUGUAUCUUCAACACCAACUUAUAUAUUUGAAGUGGAUUAUCUAUUUUUUGAUUAUCUCGAUUAUGAAAAUUUAAUAUUUUUAAAUGCAUGGAUGUCGAUACUAUGCCAAACAACAAUUCUCAUUGCAUUUGAUUGUUUAUAUUCACAAUUAACGUAUUUUAUUUCGAGUUGGUUUUAUGUUAUAGGCAAUCGCAUGAAAUAUUUAACAAAUAACUCAAAGGAAAUUAAUAAAAAGCAACAAUAUGAUUUAUUCAAUAAAUAUAUUGAAGAACAUGAACGAGUUUUGAAAUUUGCGUCUGAUGUUCAAUCCAUUUAUAGUUACCCACUAUUUAUUUUAAUUUGUAUUCAAAUGCUUACAAUUAGCGUGACAGGUUGUAAUAUUAUGUCCGAGUCAAUAAACUAUGCCGAUCUGUUGAGAUAUGUGUGCUAUAUUAUGGUGCAAUUUAUUCAUCUAUUUUUUUUAUGUUGGCAUGGGCAGGUUUUAAUUGACAACAGUGAAAAUUUAUCUAAGAUUAUUUGUCAAAUGAAUUGGUAUGUCCUUCCCAACAAUAUUAAAAAAUUAUUGAUAUUAAUUAUUAUGAGAUCAUCAUAUCCUUGUACCCUCGUUGCUGGUAAAUUUCUUGUUAUGUCAUUUGAGUCAUUUGCACAGAUUGUCAAAACUUCAGUAUCUUAUUUUACUGUACUUUCAUCCGUAAAUUAAUUUUAAUUUUGAUCAAUCAAUCAACUUCAAAGUGGGCA